ACCCGUGUUCCAACAUGUUUAACGCUAGUAAAUUGACACGUGCGGGGCAUGUGUCGUAGGUGAGAUCGGUAAACAUAAAAUCCCUCGAAAUAUUAGGUCUGUAUUGCCUUCCGGUGCCCGGCACCUUUCCGGCUAAUGUGCACUGUCACGUACUCAGCCCUAGCAGAGCGUAGUACCGUGUAUGUUAUGCUGGUCACGGGAAUCACUAAAGUGGUCAUUGUCAGUCGUUGGAUGACAUUGAAUGACACGUACAUUCAAUCCAUCAACCUGCGCUAUAUCCUCGAGAGCCAAAAACUCUCUGGGGAAAACUUUCUUGACUGGGAGAAGAACCUCCGAAUCGUUCUUGACUGUGAGAGGAAACUUUACAUCCUCGAAACAGAUCCUCCGAAGACCCUUAAGGCAAAUGCUCGUGCAUCCGAACUCACUUCUUUCAAGAAGUAUGAGGACGACGCGCGAGAUGUUAAGUGUAUCAUUAUGGCAAGUAUGACCACAGAGCUCCAAAGGCUCCACGCGGACAUGGAAGCGUGUCCUAUGAUACAACGCUUGAGAGACCUAUUCCAAGGGAAGCUUGUUUCCCUUGGUUGUACGAAGGAAAGCCUCGUUGAGCCGCUCAAGGUAGCCAUCCAUCCUGUCAACUUUGAAGCGAAGCCGGUUAAGGGAGUCGGCAAUAGAGGCAAGGUUGGCCCGGGCCUGGGGUUCGGCUGGGCUAGCAGCCGAACGGCGCCGUGGCGCGGCAGUGGCAGUGGCAGGUCCGGCGUUGUCCUACCGCUUUUUGAAGGUUUGGGUGCUGAUCGCCCAAAUCUUCAUGGCCUUCGUGAGUGGGCAAACAGUGGUGGUCACCUUGAACCGUUCAAGGAUGUCCAUCACCACGAACGGGUACGGGAGGAGGUGAUCGUGGUCGGUGGACGCGGUAAUCGUCAUGUUGAUCAUGACAAACUUUGCCCAAUUGAUUGGGGCCGAGUGCAUGAUCGCAUGGAUGAGCUUGAGGUCCUCACCGGACAUGAUUGUGUGGUCGUGCUUCUGGGGUUUGAUGAUCCGGGACACGAUGUAGAGAACGAGACGGCCUUCGGGGUUAGUGGAGUGGAUGGUGGGGCAGCCCGAGGCAUGGCGGAUGAGCUCGGUGACGCCAAGCUCGUUGAGGAUAAGGCCCUCGUUGUUGAGAACCCAGUCCUCUCCGCCAUAGUGGGAGACGUCGUUGCCUUGGUAGGGGAGGCCGGCGAUGCGCCCAAGCUGCUCAACGGAAAGCUCUAUCGGCGUCCUCUUGACAAGAGAGUAGAGCACGUUGCCCUCACGCCGGAGGUUGGAGUAGAUGACCCGAACCAGCGCCGGGUUGAUCUCCUUCCGAGCCCGGGAGACGAAUGGCCAAAGGCCGGCUUGAUGAAGGUGCGCGUCGAGGUCGUCGUAGCCCUGCAGCUCCGGGUAGCGCUCCGGGAUGAUCCGUGGGGGAGCCACAACCCGUUUAGAGAAGAAAGUGAGAAAGCGGGUGCGCUCUUCCUCGAAAUCGUACCAGAGGUACGAUCCGUCGCCAUAGUAGAGGCGCUCCUCGGAGUUGAUUGCCGGUGCCUGGGAUUUGGCUUUGUAUUUGCUGGAAGCUCCUGCCCUGUUCAUAUCUUUGCCCAUGAUGAAGAAUUCUAAAACAAAGAUUAGAGAAGACAAAAAUAUGCAAGGGAAUGAAGAGAUUUGUGUUUG